UAUAUUUAGAACGAGAAUUUUCAUUCCGACUUCAUUCGAGCACUGCUGCAGGGCUGAAGAAAGUAACAACAGUCUUACAUUUCUUCUUUUGAAACCGAAAGAAGCUGUAAUAUAAAUCAAAGAUGGCAGGUAAGGCACGUGUACAAGAUCCAGCUCCUUACUUUGAGGGUACAGCAGUCAGCGCAGGCCCGGAUAGUGACUUUGUCACAAUCAAAUUAUCAGAUUACAAAGGAAAAUACCUUGUUUUCUUCUUCUAUCCAUUGGAUUUCACGUUUGUAUGCCCGACUGAGAUCCUUGCUUUCAGCGACAGGUCAGAUGAAUUCAGGAAAAUCGGAUGUGAGGUCCUCGCUGCAUCCUGCGACUCUCACUUCUGUCAUUUAGCAUGGACUAAUACUUCAAAGAAGAUGGGUGGAGUUGGUGAACUCAAGAUCCCCCUUCUCUCUGAUAUGAAUGGUGCCAUUGCCAGAGACUAUGGAAUCAUGCUUGAGAAGGAGGGAGUCUCACUCAGAGGCCUGUUUAUCAUUGACGAUAAGGGCAUCCUGCGUCAGAUUACAAUCAACGAUCUCCCGGUCGGUCGCUCUGUUGAUGAGGUUCUUCGUCUGGUCCAAGCUUUCCAGUUCACGGACAAACACGGAGAAGUUUGUCCUGCCGGUUGGAAACCUGGUGAUGAUACUAUCAAGCCUGAUGUCAAAGAGAGCAAGGAGUUCUUUGGAAAGAAAUAAUUCAGCAAUCCCCAUUCCCCCUCUUUUUUUCUCCUUCCAACCACACCCCUAUUAUUACAAUGGUUUCAUCCAUUCUCUGUAACAAUGUUUGACAUACUCGACCAAAAUACAUUUGAUAAAGGGUUUGCAGAAUAUUUUGUUGCUGCCUUCACAUCGAUCAUCUGAUGGAGUAAAUUGUUGUGUACUCUGAAUAUGUCACAUAUGAAGUAUAUUUAGUAAUUGCAUGACUAAAUAACACAAAAUCCUGAUAUUGAUUUGUAAUAAGAAGGAAAUCACACUAAAAUCCUGAAAAUAAAACUUUUGGAUGUCCUAACUAAAAAAUAUUAUGAAUGCAUACACGCAAGUCAAUCUCUGAGAUGUUAGAGAGAAUGGGAGACUCCAUUGUUAUUGUAGGGGAGUGAAUGCAUUCACUGUGCUUUCUACAGAGCACAGUUGAAUAAUGGAAGUUGGACAAGUCAAGAAAAUACUAAAGCAUUAUUUAGAGACAAAUAUACACCUUGGAAUUCUAAGAAAUUAUUUGGGCAAGUAUUGUAAAUUUUGGGUAAAUUUCAUUGUGAGGAAAGUGUGAAUCUGUGUCGACAUUUGAUCGUGUUCUUAUUGCGAACAAAAUCUGGCAUAAACCAGCUUGUGUAUUGGUUGUAGAUGAAGACUGGUGUACUAUAAUUCAUUGCAAUGGAAAGUUGUUUUUUGUGUCUUAAAAAAAAAAUCGAGUUUAGAAAGUUAAUUUGUAUACUUGGUGUUCUAAGUCAUCGAGCAGUAUUGUUUUAAUUUGUGAGUUUUGUUUUCUUCUUCAAGUGAGCUUUUAGUAAAACAAAAACAUCAUUGAAGUUCCUCAAUCUACUAUGUGUAGGAAUGCAUGUUUGAAUUGUACUAUUUUGUUUGUAUAGCUAAGCUUAAUAUUUUAUUUAUGUGCUGAUAUGUGUCAUAUGUUGCCCUUGACUGAAUAUUUGAUAUCAGAAAAACAAGAGGUUAUAUACUACGAAAGAAGAAAAACAGCAGCUCUGAAAAUUUUGUAUUCCAGCCAUUUUAUGUGUUGACUUGUACAAUCCCAUUUUUACCUCGUAUUCCUCUUGUGUUAGGAAUUAAAGCCCAUCAGACUUUUUUUUAUUUAAUCCAGGACAUUAAAAUGCUCCUUGUAUACAAUUAUGUCCAAUACUUUAUUCUCUUUAAUAUUUUUAAUGAAAUAUAAUAUAUCAAAACCAUAACAGAAUACUGUACUUUGACAUGAAAUGUCUGCAUUUACAUACAUGUACAUGUAUCUACGGUAUGUAUAUGUAUCUACGGUAUGUUCAAACAACACUAAAGCAAUUCCAAGAAAGUAUAUUGUCAAAGAUAGCUUGUAGGUAUUUUUGUCUCUAUUUUACUACACAUGUACCUCAAUCCUUGUAACCGCAUAUAUGUGUUAAGUCAAUGAGCUUAUGUGUGCCAGGUAUCAGUUCUAUGCAUGUUGGAAAUUAUUGUUAAUAUCUUUUAUGUUUCAAGGACAAUUGUGACUCUCAAACUUAGAACUGAGAGAGAAAACCUGUUGGAACUGUAAACGCUUUGAGAAAAUAAGUUCUGAUAUGCUGUAUAAACUGCAUCUUUAGUGCAGGAAUCCCACAAGUAUUUUUUUUAAUUUCCUCACAAUCUCACUUAAAUGAAGCAGUGGUGAAUGCAGAAAGGCGGCUGUCAAGGACGUACUGCUCAAGAUACAUUGUGCCUUGAAAGCACAAUUUUAUUAUGGUUUUUAUCAAAAGAUAAUGUAGAUUAUGAAGAAAGAUCUUCCCUUAUUCUAAACCCUUCAAAAAUUAGCUUUCUAAAGCACACAACCAAUUCAUGAGCACACAAUUUUUAAGUUCCCCAUGAAUUUGCCUGUAUUCAUCAUGCAUACACUGUAUUAUGGUACUAUAAAGAACAUCUUUAUUUGGUUGAAGUUUUACAGAUUAGAAAUGUGCCAUGUGGGAUGCAGCUAACAUAUCAUUAACCUUGGUGUUUCGAAAGUACUUUUUGUACUCAUGGUCUCUGAUGUUUUAGCCUACAUCGUUGAAAGAGAAAAGUUCCCAUGCAUAAUAUGUGUGUGAAAGAAUAAAUGUUUGAUUA